AUGAUCAAAUUCAGAGCUUUCACGAAGAAACUAUCGCAUGGUUUUGAUGGAUCUUCUUCGAAUCAAAAACGUUCUGUAUCAGAUUAUGAUCAGAAACCCGCCAAUGUGAAAUCGAACCGUUCGCUUUUACGCAGAAGAGCGGUUUCCUCAACCAAGGAUAUUGAGACCACACUUCCUCCUCUACCAAAGCAGCAGUACACUGUUGACAACAAAAAGCGGUCGCAAGAAGGUUUUCAAGAUGGUACUACACAACGCUUUUCUCACCAGGAUACACAUAUAAGCAGUGACGGCAAGUAUUACAUUUAUGAUUCAGUAGCGUUUGAAAGAGGAUCUCACAGCAAAAACGCCAAGAAUGUCGACCAAGAAUUCCACAUUCUUAAGUUUUCUGACGGCAUCAAUCCGACAUCGGCUCGCGAAGUAUUGUCUGCUUUGAUCAAGCAAUUCAAGAAAACUCUGAUUCAGCACCAUGCUGGCGAACUAGAAAAAGACAACAGCAGUAUUAGGGCAGCAAUGGAAAUAUUCAAGCCCAACCUUUCGCAUUACGUGCCACACGAAAUUAAAGAUACCGAAGCAAUAAUCGAAUCGCUGUUUCCCCGUCCUGGCUGCUCACUUGCAGGCGAUGCACUAGAAUCAGCAAUCAAAACAAAGAUAGCUUCUUCUAAAAGCAAGCUCAUAUUAUCGCUACGAAUUUUAUGGUCACGAUUGUCGCGUGGUAUUGUGCCCUGGGAGUCUUAUCUCAAGUUCUGUGCGGUGGAAUCCAAGCAGAACUUCUCCAAAAUGUGUUUUAAGAAUUUCAUGCCCCAGAUUCUUCCCGACGCAGAUUUCAAGCGUUGCGCAUUUGAAUUUAUCGAUCUACUCUAUGCAAUUAUCUCCAAAGUGGAUCUUGUGGUGGAUAAAGUUGCCCAAAUGGAUCUGAUAUUCACAGCUGCUCAGGUUUGCUUCGUGAGAACUCCCGAGCUUCUCAACUAUAUUAAAAGUAAAGCCCAAGACAACGACGAUUGCAUUAUCCUAGCAAAACUUUACCGGGCCCGUGGCGAGGCACUUUACCGAUUAUUCGUUUCGUACCUGAACUCUUUAGCGGAAGAGGGUGAAAUCAAAGAUUUUUACCUCAUAGACAACUUCCGCAUUAAUGAAUACCCACCCAAACCUUACAAACCAUUAACGCAACGCGCAUUGACGUUAACAAUCCCACAACUUUGGGACACCGAAACGAAUAAUUUCAAUGAACUAAUAAGAGUUUCGGCCAAAGCUCAAACAAGGAUGUAUUCUCCUCACCAUGCGUUUUCAAAACUAGAAAAUUCGUUUUUGGAUAAUUACGAGGAUAAUCCCUACAAAGUUGUUAACAAUCUUUUCUCUCGAUCAUCUAAGCGAUACUUGGACAAAUUUGAUCCCUCUUUUGACGUGGAGUCUUUCAAAACCCUGUCCAAGAAAAAUGUUGGUAACUCUACUUUAGGUCCUGGGGAUCAGUUCCCAAUGGCUACAUGGAUCAGCUCAUGCAAAGAACGCGGUUUCAACGAUUUCCUUUCGGUACUCGACGAUAAUAAUCACGGUGAAGGAACAUUAGCCCUCGGACUCACUUUCCCUAAGUCAACUCAAGAAGAAUCGGAGAACUUGCCGCCGCUAAAAGUGUCUAAAGUCGAGAUCUCCGAGAGUUUCAUUUCGUCUUGGAAGUAUGAAACUUUCCUAGGAAAGGUACACAACACGCUGGUGAUCAAACUAACCAAAAGAGUCGGUGACUGUGAGUGGCUCAUAAUUGCAAUGGACGAAAGAACCGACAAGAAAGGGUACGCAUCGCCCUUGAAACCACGGGAGCAAGACAACGUUAGCGGAACACCUUCGACGGGCUCGAAGGGUAAAAGAUAUCACGCCGCCAGUUCAAGUGACGCUUCGAGCAAACUCCGCCCACCUCCUCCCAGCUUGCUUGGAGAGCCUUCAUCCUCACCUUUAAUCAAUUCAAUCAGUGGGGGAUUUUCUGACCAAUCAGUCUCGGCUUUCAGUUCGAGACCAACAUCAGACAUCGGCAGUGCUUUUGCGAUGUCUCACCAGAAGGCUAGUUCUGUGCACUCAAGGAAACUUAGCGACUUAGUAACAUCAGGAUCCCCUUUGCAACAAUCUUCACCUAAAAUACCCUCCAAGGCUGUGGAGCCUUCAGUGACAUCAAUUAUCAAGACAUCCUCGGGAGCUCAAGACAAUGCUCAACCUAUCAACGAGAAGAGUGAUCAUGAUAGCAAUAUCACAGUAGAUAAAAAACCCCAAGAUCCGAGUUCGCUGAGCGAACAAGUUAUCGGGGGCGACAUUCCCACAGAAAAGCAGCCUAUUAAGCCCUCGGCACUGGAAAUGCUGGCUGAGACAUUCCAAAAUGAUCGGACCGAGACUCAAUCAGAACCUCCGAGAUAUCUUCGAUGUGGUGAAGGAGGCAGUGAAUUGAGCAGCGACAAAGAAAACGUACCGGAGUUCUCCAAACAGAACGCUAAAUCUGACGAAAUGGAUAACACUGGCUCUAAUCAAAAUUUAGAUAUUUUAUCAUCGCCUUUUACUGAUCCUGUAGAUCAUCCUAAAGUUAGGCAUACAGUGACCACCCCGAUCAAUCUGGUCUCAUUGGAUCGCGCACCAAAUUUGCCUAAAAGGGUUCAAAACCCUUCAAUUGGCUCACCCGACAGCGUAACAAUGAUUCCACACUCCGCUGAUACGAGUAUCGACUUGACAGAAAGUACGGAUGUGGACGAAGAUGGAAAUCUCGGACGCGAGAAAUCACAUUUUGCUAAGGUAUUGAAUUCAUCGUCUGACGAUGGAUUUGCCAAAAUGCAGCAGCAGGAUGAAGGCACAGUUGAUCUUCUGAACGAUUUUCUGGAGAACUACAACACAUUGAGCGCAGAACCAAUGAAUUACGAAGAAGGGCCAACGGUUUUUGAACAAGUCAAAGGAUUUUAUGAGCAGGGUUUGAGCGAGGCCGGCCAUUCCCAAUCUGAAAUCAAACGACAGGAAAUAGUGCAACAAGAAUUACCACAACAUGAAAAGCAACACCCGGAUUCUAAUGAAGCAGAUAGUGCUUCUAGUCCCGUCAAUCAAGUGUCAAAAAUUGGGUCUAUCAGCUCCAAAAAUGGAACGUGGUUUAGCUGCAAUGUGACUCCUCCAAACAAGCUCGACAAGAACAGAAACUUCAAAAACUUGAAGCUAGGGGGUAGAGCCCGGACUCAGUCUCAAGUGAGCAACGUUGACAUCAGCGGGAAACAAAUGGAUGAAGAUGACGCACACAAUAGUACGAAGAAUCUAAACUCUGAUGAAGAACAUGAAUUGUUCUACAGUAGCGCUAGUGAUCUCAGUGAUAUAGCGGAUCAGGACGGCGUAUGGCUGGAGGCCAACAGCAAACCAUCUUCACCGGUUGAUGUCACGAGCCCCACUCAUCUGAUGUUCAGAAAUGUUAUGCUUCGAACGAAACGGAGUAUACGGAGCUUGAAAGCGCAUCAGCAGCAAUGA